AUGAAACAGCGAAUAACUUAUGUUGUCAAGAAACCAGAGGAGUUUACUCCCGACCAACUUGAUGUUGGCGAAGACAAGUCUGGCCAGUACUUUGCUCUGGACAAUGUUUACGCAGCGAAAGAACACCGUAUCACACUCGGUCUAGAUGAGUUGCCUAAAGAGAUUAGUAAAGUCUUUCAGCAAUGGCACGAAAUACAUCUACGUUGGACAUCCCCAAGACCUUACGCAUCGACUCCGCCAUUCACAUCACGUGUCUCACCUGGUCUACACAUCUUCUUCACGCCUCUAUCAGAUACACCGGAAGACGCACUAUGCUCAGGGCUUCAUCUUCUCGUCACUCCGGACUUGAAAUGCUCAUCAACAUCUUCAAGUUCCACCAAGAUGCCUAUCCUCUCGGAGCGUUUCUCAAUGUCAACUACCUCGCAGUACUACGAUUACAUAGAUGAGAUUGACAGGAUGAAAGGUCCAUUUCAACGUACCUUUUGCGGAGAGAAUGCAAGUCGUGAGUGCUAUGACAUGGUGAAUAGCUUCGCUACAUCAAGCUAUGUCGACAUAGACUACGACACCAUCUCGAGAGGCGUGGUCCUCACAGCUGGAUGGGCGCAGGCAAGAGACGAUGAAAAAGGCUGGACUCAGAAGAUCAGGCAGCCGAGUAAAGAUGCGACGGUCGAGAUUGGCGUGUUGAGUCUAGAGGGGAACGCAGACCCCGAAGACAUCCAAUUUGGAGGUUUCUUGACAGUGCUAGGACAAGACGAGAAACCGAAACCCACACGGUUCCAAACCCCAACCCGUCACUACCCCCUUCUCCAAGCCUCGGAGAAUCCAACAGCACAACCCAAACUCCACCCCCUAACAUACAGUACCUCUUUGAAUCAACCAACAGGCCUCCAUCCAACACUAACCCUCACCUUCCCUGCGCAACAUCUCGCACCCCCUGACCGCUCCUGUAAACUCCACACGCACCUAACCCUCCCUUCCUACCUCUUCAUCGACAAAUACCAAUUCUCCGACAACCUCUUCCUCAAGAGCAAGAACCUCAAGCGCCUCCGCAGCCUAUCCGGCGCUACAGACCUCGAAGCCCCAGACUGGGCUGUGCCAGCUUGGGGUUCCGCUGCGCUCUUCGAACUUGGCGUACCCAAACCAGAAAAGAUUGACUAUCCCAAAGUGGAUCUUGGUGCUGGUGGCGAGAACGCAUGGGAAGGCUUACCAACGUACCGCGAGAUACCAGAGGGGGACUGGAAUGUCAGUAUACCGUUGCAUCUACGGUACAUGCCCGCUGAGGCGUCGUCGCGUGCUAGACUGCCGGUUCCGUGGCCGGUAGUGUUCUGGGCUUGUCGGGCUGAGAGCGGCGCGCAGCAUACGUCUAAUCCUUUUGACCGCAAGCAUUUGGGGUACGAGGGUCUGUUUGGGCCGAAGACUAGGUUCAUGCAUGUGCAGCCUGAGGUAAGGAAUCAGACGGCCGAGGGUGAUGGGUUAGUGGAGUGGAUCGAUGUGCCAGUGCUUGAUACGAGCAAGGCUGGGUGGGUCGAAGUGGGCACUGUGGGGGUGGUCUUGUUUGCCUUUGCGGGGUUGUGUUGGGUGUUGUUUGGGAAGAGUGGCAAGGGGGCUGUGAAAGAGGAGAAGAAGAAGCAGUAG